AUGGCACAGCAGACCAUUAGGCUCAGCCCGCCGGUGCACCCGUAUGAAGGGGCACGGCCCAUGGCCAAGGCUGACCCCGUUGAGAAGUCACCCCGUCCUACGAGGGCCACUCGCGUUGAGGACGAUGGCGCUCCCAAACGUCCGGCCAACGCCUUUAUGCUCUUCCGCUCGGACUACUUGAAGCAGCACCCAGAGAGCAGGAGCGAACAAAAAGGGCUCAGCAGGAAGGCGGGAGCUGCGUGGCGGGCGCUUCCUGCAAGGGCAAAAGCCAUAUACGAAGCACAAUCUCGGGAAAAUUCAGCCCGCUACAAGGUCCAGAAGCAGGAGUACAAGAAACGCUUGCGCGCGAUCGAGGCGCCGGAGAGCGAUGAGAGCGAGCCGGAUUCCUCUUCGAGGCAAUCAUUAUCCCAGCCCGAAGAUUGCGAACCGUCUUCAUCGACGUCCGUGUCAUCAUGGCUCUCCGACGUUCACGACCAGACUGUGCCACUGGCACAGGAUGCCUCGCUUGGAUGCGCUCAUGCUUUGAAUAUACCCGCAGCAACCUCCUUUGAUGGGCAGUCUGGCGGAUGCAUCCCUCCUACCACUCUACCGACGUUGCCCGACCUUCCUACCUCUAGCAAUGACUGGUCAUCAUGCGCUCAAGGCAUGUUCACCCAGCAAUACGGCUCUCAACAUGACCAUCUCCCGUUCCCCCUCGACGGGCCUUGGGGGCAGCGGAUAGUAGUGGACGAGAGCUUCGUCUCUCAGCAUUAUCCCACCGUUAGCGACGACCACUUGACAUUCCCCCAGAACUAUGCGUAUACGCAGCAGGAUAUUUACGCGCAGGAAUUGCAGCUUUUCUGCUUCGACGGAUAUAGUGGGCAGCAGCUAACGAACGAAUUCCAGGACUCCUUCAACCAGCCUACUGUUCCCGGCUUCUACGAUUACACUACGGAGCCAGCCUACACCAGCUUUGCGUACGACAUCCCUGUCAAGUGGUCCCCUCUGCAGCCUACUUAUUGA